AUGACAUCACAUGUGGCUCCAGAUGGCCCAUAUGUCCCCAUCAUCUCCCCCUCAAAUACUCAUUUCCAUUAAGACAACCUCAGCCUCUCCUGUCAGGAAGCCGCUAACCCACCUGCACAGUAAUCUUGGUCCCACGGCCUCUAUCCCAACACCUCUACUAAUAAGAGUGGAUCCUAUACCUGCCUCGUCUAUAACUCUGGCACUGGCCUCAAUAGGACCACAGUCAAGAACAUUACAGUUCUUUAUGCUGUGGCUAAGCCCACCAUCCAAAUCUUCAACACCACAGUCAAAGAAUAUGAAGCUGUGAACAUAACCUGUGUCACAGACGACCCUAAGAACUCCAUCCGUUGGCACUUCAAUGGCCAUGUUCUGCAGUUACCAGACAGGAUGAUGCUGUACCAGAAUGGUGGCAUCCUCAGCAUCCAAUCUGUUAGGGAAGAGGAUUCUGGGCUGUAUGAGUGUGAGGUCUUCAAUUCAGCCGUUUCCAAGAAGAGUGAUCCCAUCCAGCUGGACGUAAUAC